CAGGAUCCUUGCAGUUUGUUGGGCAGAGCUCGGCCUUUGAGGAGCGUGGAGGAGCUCAGCACCUUGAUUGCCUUUAGGGAGGUUGGAGGAGGAGGAGGAGGAGGAGGAGGCGGCGGCAUCUGAGCAGAGCUCUGCAGUUCCUUCCACCUUCUUUUGGGUGUCCCCACCCCCUCUGCUUCCUUUCUCGUUCUGCCCCUGAAGGCCCAGAGCAGUAACAGCAGGUUUGACUGGUGGAAAGGAGGUGGCAGGGCCAUGAUCCCCGAGGACGUUCAGAGACUCCUUGAAGAUGCUGAGUGCUUCCUGGCGGAUGGACUGCAGAACGAAAACUUGAGCCCUAAAGCAAGGGAGCAGAGGAACACGAUUCUCUUUGGCUUCCAGCAAGUCAAAGCCAGGUACCACUUGGAAUUUCUGCCCCGAGGAGAGAAUCAGCACGAUGCUGGCUUUGGGCAGGACAGUUCUGAUGAAAAUCAGAGCUGGAGUUUGGCCCCUUCCAUGACAUCUGAUGUCUCGCUCCCAUCGGACUUGCAGGAUGAUGGAAUGGAGGAAAUCGCACUGAGGCCUGUUCAAGACACAGGGAACAUUCUAAAGCAAGGAUAUCUGGAGAAGAGGUCCAGAGACCACAGCUUUUUCGGGUCGGAGUGGCAGAAGCGGUGGUGUGUCCUCAACAGAAAGACCUUUUAUUACUAUGCCAAUGAGAAAAGCAAGCAACCUAAAGGCACCUUCUCCAUUGAGCAGUACAAUGCCCGGCUGGCUUUCCACCUCCGCAAAGACUCGCGCCGAAGAUGCUGUUUUGAAUUAGUCUGCCCUGGGAAACGCACCUAUGAGUUCACAGCCCCGAGUCCAGCAGAGGCUGAAGAUUGGGUGGAUCAGAUCCAGUUCCUCCUGAAGGACCUGAGUUCCCUCACUAUCCCGUACGACGAGGACGAGGAAGAGCUCUACAAUGACGUGGGGAGUUCUGACUCCAUGACCACGGCAUCUCACAACACUACCCUGAAUCAAGACGAUGGGAUGGAAGAAGACGACAUCUACGAGGUUUUUCCAGAGAAGGACCCCAACGCUCCCGAGGACAGCGAGGAUGUCGGCGGCGGACAGCAGCGCGGUAAGAGCCCACCCUACAUUGGCCAACCCCGUGGAUGUCCCGGGGACGGCGGCAGGCAGGGGAUCUGGGGUGCAGGUGCUGAUGGAGGAACACUCAUGGAGAGGAGGUGGGGCAGACGGGACAGGAGAUGAGGCAGGACGUGAGUCAGGGCCCAGAGGAAGCCGGCCGGACGCGCAGCACCGCUGCCGGAACCAGCACCGCCCGGAGCGGGAGGCCCCAAGAGCCUCCCUGCGCUCACGGGUCCCCCCCCGCUGCUUUUUCCUUAGGGAUCUGCACUAUGGGAUGGGAGCGGAUGGUCUGUUUCCUGCCCGGUCCCACCUGGCUUCACUUUCCAUCGCCGCUUCCGCCCCGGCGCAGGAAAGCAGCGCUUGUGUCCGAGCAGCCGGGGCUGGGCUGGGGCCUUCCUGCCCUGCACAACCCAGCCAGGGGCCCCAAGGGGAUGUGCACGGCCUGGAGAUGCUCAGCCAGGGGGUGCCCGUCCCGCUGGCACCCAGGGCACGGGGCUGCUGGGUGGCGGGGACCAGAGGGGCUCAUCGGGCAGCAGGGGCCUGUGGUGGCUUCAUGCACCGUGGGGCGUUCUUGGAAGCACGCACGCGGGUGUGCGGACACCCCGAGCACUGCUGGGUUGCUCCCCCAGAGGGGCUCUCAGCUGUCCUACAGCCCCGUGCCCAGCUUCCCAGUGUGCCCAGCUUCCCAGUGCUCCCAGCUUCCCAGUGUUCCCAGCUUAAUGCGGGGUUGAGUCCUUGCUGUCUGCAGGGACCAGAGCAAGCCAGCAUCUCUCCACUCCCUGUGCCCUCUCAGCGCUUGUUUCCCACCUACCCCCACCCCCAGCACGAUGACUUAUUCAGCCACUGGAGCAUGUGGCAGUGACAGCAGGUACCAGCGCCCAGAGCUGGGAAAAACGACGUCCUCAUCUUUAUAAACCACACUGCCAUCGUCACGCGUGCAUCCCCGGGGACUCCUGGGCACGGGCUGAGGAAAGCAGAAGGAGCCAGGACAUGCACUGCACACACGCAUUUGUCUUUGCCUUCCACAGCUCUCCCAGCGUUUCAGAGAGGAGCCGCCCCGGUUCCCUCGCAGGAGCAGCAUGCCUGGGGCACCCAAGGGUGCUGGCUCCCACCUAUCCCAGCCCUGCACCCAUUUGAAUGCCCCGCUCCUGCUCGUUAGCAUCCUCCUGACAGCUGUGAUUUUUCUUAAGCGUCGUAGCUGGUUUCGUACUUAGUGUCACCGUCACUGCUUUAAGCCCCGUGUCUGUUUUUAUGCUAAGGAAUACGUGAGGCUCCUGCCUCUGAAAUACCGGGCUCCAUUUCAAGAGGGAAAGGUUCUCACAGCUCCAGGAACCCUGGCCUCUGUGCCUUCAUCCUGGGUCGUUUGUGCUGCGGUCCAACUGGACGAAGGGUGAAGGGACGGGGAUGGCAGCAGCCCUUGAGCAGAGGGUUGGGUUGGCAGCGUACACCCAAAGUGCCAGCUGAGCAUUUGGCGAAUGGAAAACUAUUGUUUCUCAUUUCUAAGUACGGGGAGGAUGCCACGAAGCCGGACCAGCCCAGCAAAUUCAGCCGGGAGCUGCGGGCUGCUCCUGCCAAGACGCCCAUUUGUGCAGCUCGGGCUGCUCAGUCCCUUCCUGCCUUCAGUGCCUGAUGAGCUGCUGCUGCCGUGCAGCCCGACCCGUCAAAUACAGAGAGAGCAGAAUUCCUGUCCUCAGAAAAACAGAAGAGCCCCGAAGCUUGUCCCCUGCGCUGAGCGUGGCAGGAGGUUUCACCUAGCAGGGAAAGCCACCGAGCUGCAGACAGUUGUCAUUAGGUUUCAGCAUCAACAGGCUGCCAAAGCCACGAGCCCAAAGCAGAGGGGUUGGGGCAGGAGCUUCUCCCCCAGCCCUGCCUGGGGCUGCUGGGGCUGCGGAAGGCAGUGACGCAGUUGUCACAUUUGGCUGAUUUCCUUCAUGACCCCAAGGCCCAUAAACGUGGGAGGAGGCACUCGCCCCACUUACAUCAGUGUAAAUCAGUCACGCUCACGUCGUGCCUCUGCCCUGAGCGCAGGUUCAGAUCUGCACGCAGGGCACCUGGGACCGCCGCCGUCCCAUGGGGACGCUGCACGGUGACAAAGCCUUCCCUUGCUUGGCUUUAUCUCCCAGUGCUGAGAUGGAGCCAGGACCCCUGCUCUGCAAACCAUCUUCAUUUGCACACCACCUUCCCGACAGCUCGCACAAACGUCUCGCUUUUGACAAACCGUGGCUGGGAAUUCAGUGCGGAGCUGUGCCGUGCUCCCAUCACGAGGCAUCUUCAUCCGAUGCCAUUAACGCUGACCUUCUCAAGCUGGAGCGAGGGCUGAGACCUUUCCUUGGACCAGCUGACAUCGCUGGAGAAAAUAAGCCCUCCUGGUUAACGCAGGGAGCAUGGGACCGAGCUGCUGGCAGCAUCGCAGCAGCACCAGCCUGCACGAUGCUCUCUGCAUGGCAGUGCUGUCCUCGCACUGCAGCAGUGACCUUUGGUGGCACUUACACAUUUCUCUGCCUGCUGCCUGCUUUGUCCUGCUCGGUGCCCCGAUCCUUCCUCUGCCUCCGGUUCAUAACCUCUGGUUCCUGCACUUUGCACAAGCUUAAAUAACUCAGUAGCUCCUACUCCUUCUAUUCCCUUCACAAUCUUUUCCUCGCCACUGUGUGCUCCCCCUUUAAUACUUUCCAAAGGAUGCAGACCUACUUUUUUUUUUUCUCCCAGCCUUUCUAUUGAAGUUCCCCAAGUCCCUGAGUCAUUCCGGUUGCUCCCUGCUGUACCAUUAUCCAUCUCUGUAAUGUCCUUUUUCAUAUUUAGGUGAUCAAAUCCGGGCACAGCACUCCAGAUGCACCCUUAUCACUCGGUCCCUUACACCAUAUUAGAAACAUUUCCUCCAACAUGUGCUCGAUAUUUUCUAUUUAUGCUUUCUGGGCUCGGUUCAGCCGCGUGGCAGAGCAGCACGGCGCGCUGGUGCAACCCCGGCGCUCAAAUCACCCCCUGCACAAUGAGGUUUUA